AUGAGCGAUGAUGUAUGGAGAACAGAGUGUCGUUAUUUCAAUGCCGACGACGACCUCAACCCUAUUGCCGUCAAACUGUUGGCCCAAAAGGUGGCAAAAAUUCACUCAAAAUACAUACCGAUUGCCAGAGACGGCACACAAAAGACAAUGAAAAUAGUUUUCGAGGACUGGUUUGAUAGCCACCGGAUUGAGUCCUACAGACAGGGAGUCAUACGUAAAGAGAUAGAGAAACAAAAGUGUGAAACACUUAUGGAAAUGGAUUUCGUGGCUGAGAUGGCGUGGGUUAGGAAAGCCGUCGUCCACCUCAAGAGUCCGGAAGUGUUUUCCCACAACGACCUCAACCGCCGCAAUAUACUCGUCCGCAAUGGAGAUAAUGACCACAAUUUGGAUGUCUUUAUCAUUGACUUUGAUUGGAGUAGUUAUAUGUAUAGGGGUUUAGAUAUCGGCGACUAUUUCAUCAAUUGGUGUCAAACGGGAACGGAUUUUGGUGCCAAUAAUUUCCCGACUGAUCCACAAAUGUAUGCCUUUAUCGACGCCUAUAUCGCGGAAAUGAAUGCACUUUCGGACAACACUUACGCUAAACAAGGAAUCAAUUCACGCGAAACACUCCCGAAGAAACUAUUGAUCAGAUAUAUGAGCGAUGAUGUAUGGAGAACAGAGUGUCGUUAUUUCAAUGCCGACGACGACCUCAACCCUAUUGCCGUCAAACUGUUGGCCCAAAAGGUGGCAAAAAUUCACUCAAAAUACAUACCGAUUGCCAGAGACGGCACACAAAAGACAAUGAAAAUAGUUUUCGAGGACUGGUUUGAUAGCCACCGGAUUGAGUCCUACAGACAGGGAGUCAUACGUAAAGAGAUAGAGAAACAAAAGUGUGAAACACUUAUGGAAAUGGAUUUCGUGGCUGAGAUGGCGUGGGUUAGGAAAGCCGUCGUCCACCUCAAGAGUCCGGAAGUGUUUUCCCACAACGACCUCAACCGCCGCAAUAUACUCGUCCGCAAUGGAGAUAAUGACCACAAUUUGGAUGUCUUUAUCAUUGACUUUGAUUGGAGUAGUUAUAUGUAUAGGGGUUUAGAUAUCGGCGAC